UCCAAAAGGUGGAGUGUGAGGCGGAGAGGGCGGAGUCGAUUCAACCGGGUUCCUGGCUGGGCUAUGGGAGCAGGUGAAUGAGCUAAAAGAGAAGGGCAAUGAGGCCCCAAGUGCUGGCAACAUCGACCACGCCUUACAGCGCUACUCUGAAGCAAUUAAGCUGGAUCCCCAGAGCUGCAUGCUCUACAGCAAUCGCUCCGCAGCCUAUGCCAAGAGACCACCAGAGGCCUAUGAGGAUGGUUGCAAAACUGCUGACUGAAAGCCUGACUGGGGCAAGGGUUAUUCAAAAAAAGCAGCAGUUCUUGAGUUCUUAAACUGAUUCGAAGAAGCCACCCAAACCUAUGAGGAGGGUUUAAAACAUGAAGCAAAUAAUCCUCAGCUCAAAGAGGGUUUACAGAACAUGGAGGCCUGGGUGGCAGAGAGGAAAUUCAUGAACCCUUUCAAUACACCCAACCUGUACCAGAAACUGGAGAGUGAUCUCUGGACAAGGGUGUUGCUCAGUGACCCUUCCUAUGGGGCACUGACACAGCACCUAAGAAACAAGCCCUCCAACCUGGGCACGAAACGGCAAGACCCUCAGAUCAUGACCACUCUCAGUGUCCUCCUGGGGUUUAAUCUGGGCAGUACGGAUGAGGAGGAGGAGAUCAUAACACCUCCACCACCACAGCCUCCCAAAAAGGAGGCCAAACCAGAACCAAUGGAAGAGGAUCUUCCAGAGAAUAAGAAGCAGGCACUGAAAGAAAAACAGUUGGGGAAUGAGGCCUACAAAAAGAAGGACUUCAACAGCCCUGAAGCACGACAACAGGGCCAAGGACCUGCACCCCACCAACAUGACUUACAUGACCAACCAAGCAGCUGUGUACUUCGAAAAGGGCGACUACAGUCAAUGCAGGGAGCUUGGUGAGGAGGCCAUUGAAGAAAGGCGAGAAAACCAGGAAGACUAUCAGCAGAUUGUCAGAGCUUACGCAUAAACUGGCAAUUCCUACUUCAAAGAAGAAAAAUACAAGGAUGCUCCAUUUCUACAAGUCUCUGGCAGAGCACUGACCACCAGAUGUGCUCAAGAAAUACCAACAGGAAGAGAAAAUCUUGAAGGAGCAAGAGAAGAUGGCCUACAUAAACCCUGACCUGGCUUUGGAGGAGAAGAACAAAGGCAGUGAAUGUUUCCAGAAAGUGGACUAUCCCUAAGCCAUGAAGCAUUAUACAGAAGCCAUCAAACACAACCCAAAAGAUGCCAAGUUGUACAGCAAUCAAGCAGCCUGUUACACCAAACUCCUGGAGUUUCAGCUGGCACUCAAGGACUGUGAAGAGUAUAUUCAGCUAGAGCCAACCUUCAUCAAGGGUUAUACAUGGAAAGCAGCUGCCCUAGAAGCAAUGAAGGACUACACAAAAGUGAUGGAUGUCUACCAGAAGGCACUACAGCUGGUCUCCAGCUGUAAGGAGGCAGCAGAUGGAUACCAGUGCUGUAUGAUGGCCCAGUACAACCGACACGACAACCCCAAAGAUGUGAAGAAACAGGCCAUGGCUGACCUGGAGGUGCAGCAGAUCAUGAAUGACCCAGACAUGCAGCUCAUUCUGGAACAGAUGCAGAAGGACCCUUAGGCACUGAACAAACACUUAAAGAAUCCUAUUAUAGCACACAAGAUCCAGAAGCUGAUGAAUGUGGGUCUGAUUGCAAUUUGGUGAUGACUCCCUCAUCAUCCCCCUUCCCUUUGCCCUCGUGUGGAAAGAUGUGCUGGGACUGUGGCGAGCAGCACAGCACGGAGCCAGAAGGGAGAGGAGGGGAAAAGCAAACAACUUAUCUCUAUAUAUUUAUACAGACCUGUGUGGAAGAUAGAGAACUGUAUCCAUGUUACUCUACAGCUGCUGCCUCUGGGACCUCCCAGCACACGCAUGGUCUCUCCUGCUGUCCUUGAGUUUCAUGUCUCUGUCCCCUGUCCCCAGUCACUGUCUCAGCUGCUCUCCCA